CGCUCCUAUAUAUACCUGAAGCAAUCUCUUGAUUUUUUCCACAGACCCAACGCAAGAAGCUUGUGUUCUUAGUUUAAUCAGUUUCUCUUCUCAAAUUUGAGCUCAUUUCAAAUCACUUAAAAGCUCAUCAGCAGCAAUGGCUUCCUUCCAAAACUUCAACUUGGAAACCCAGAUCCCAGAAGACGUCCUUAUUGCUCAAAUCGUGCAGCUUCAUGCAAGCAUAACAAAGCUACAAUCCCUCGGACCUUCCAUGCAAGUGAACAGUCUCUUCACUCACCUCGUCAAUCUCUGCACCGUCCCUUCCUCCAUUAACAUCCAAGCUUUGCCCCAUGAGGUGAAGAACAUGAGAGAAAGUCUCAUUAACCUAUGUGGCCAAGCCGAAGGCCUUUUGGAACUAGAAUUCUCAUCUUUUCUUGCCCAAAUUCUCAAACCGUUGAACAACCUCACUCUCUUCCCAUACUAUGGGAACUACGUUAAACUAGCAAACCUAGAGAAUAUAAUCCUCAGAGACAAUGUUUUGGUCCAUCCCAAGAAGGUAGCCUUUGUGGGUUCUGGUCCAAUGCCUCUCACUUCCCUCAUAAUUGCCACACAUCACUUGGUGUCCACACACUUCGACAACUUUGACAUCGACAAGAAAGCCAACGAGGCAGCUCAUAGGAUCGUUGCUACAGACUCAGAGCUCGAGAAGAGGAUGAAGUUUGAGACACAAGACAUCAUGGAAGUGAAAGAGAGGUUGGGGCAAUAUGACUGUAUCUUCUUAGCAGCUCUUGUGGGUAUGAGCAGAGAAGAAAAAGUGAAGAUUUUGGGACCUGUGGGUAAGUAUAUGAAGGAAGGAGGGUUUUUGCUUGUGAGAAGUGCAAGAGGGGCAAGAGCUUUCUUGUACCCCGUUGUUGAGGAGCAUGACUUUGGGAAUUUCGAGGUGCUUACCAUAUUUCAUCCCACAAACGAUGUGAUCAAUUCAGUUGUUCUUCUUCGCAAGCCUACGGUUUAGAUUUUUCAACAGGAUAUGUACUAAUAAAAGUGUUAGCCCAGGGUCUUUCACAAAGCAAUUUACAUUUCGAUGCUACAAAAAAUGUAAUUUCAAAGAUUUGGGUCUUAAAUUGGUGAUGUAAGACUAUUGAGAGUUGAUUAAUACCUAAGUUGUUUUUCAUAAAUUGUUAUAACGUAUUUAGUACAUUGUAAAUUGGAAUCUAUGUAUUCCUCCCAUUCAAUUACUUAAAAUUCUAAAAUAUAAUGAUAAAAAAAUGUAACCGCAUGUGAAACACACAUCGUAUUGGCUGACGCGCAAGAGGUGCUGGUUGAGCCUACUCGUGAUGGAAUUGGCUGAUGCUUUCUUUGUCUUGUGUUGAGCUUUGUAGUCUACCAUUUGCCAUAUGUUUGUAUUGACUUCCAGUCUUUUGUUUAUUGAAGUUCA